AUGCAUCUCGCGGUGGAGCAGGAGCCCGUGCGGGAAUGCCAGUACAAUCAGAUAUGCACGCGCAACUCGUCGCCCGCGGAGGGCUCGCUCGCGAGGAAGGGGGGUCACCGCAGGAAGUGGCAGGUCUUUCAGGGCAGGAAUAAAUUCUACUGUAACGGCAGGAUCAUGAUGGCGAGGCAAUCCGGCGUGUUUUACCUAACGCUGGUGCUCAUCCUGAUGACCAGCGGACUUUUCUUCACGUUCGACUGUCCCUUCCUGGCGUCGAACCUCAGCCCGGCGGUCCCAGCGGUGGGGGGGCUGCUGUUCUUCUUCGUGAUGGGCAUGCUGCUCCGGGCCAGCUUCAGCGACCCGGGGGUCCUGCCCCGCGCGACCCCCGACGAGGCCGCCGACCUGGAGCGACAGAUCGACACCAGCUGUCCCAGCGGGCCGGGCUACCGGACGCCCCCCAGGACCCGAGAGGUCCAGAUCAACGGCCAGACGGUCAAGCUCAAGUACUGCUUCACCUGCAAGAUCUUCAGACCGCCCCGAACCUCCCACUGCAGCCUCUGUGACAACUGUGUGGAGCGUUUCGACCACCACUGUCCCUGGGUGGGGAACUGUGUGGGGAGGAGGAAUUACCGCUACUUCUACCUCUUCAUCGUCUCCCUCUCCUGCCUCACCCUCUUCAUCUUCUCCUUCGUCGUCACCCACGUCAUCCUCAGAUCCAAUAGGACAGGAUUUCUCAGUGCACUCAAAGACAGUCCAGCCAGUGUCCUGGAGGUGGUGGUGUGUUUCUUCUCUGUCUGGUCCAUUGUGGGUCUGUCCGGGUUCCACACGUACCUCAUCAGCUCCAACCAGACCACCAAUGAGGAUAUUAAGGGUGCCUGGUCCACUAAGAGGGGCAAGGACAACUACAACCCCUACAGCUACGGCAGCAUCCUGACCAACUGCUGCGCUGCCCUCUGUGGCCCACUACCACCCAGUCUGAUUGACAGGAGAGGUCUCAUACAGUCAGAUGACCCCCAGCCACUGUCUCAUUCCAACGGCACCAGUUUGUACACGCCCACUCCACUCUACAGUCACAUGUGUGACCAGGACCAGUGCAUCCAAAGCACCAAGUUCGUCCUGCAGGCCGCCACCACCCCGCUGCUCCACGCCGACCCUGUGGUCCUGGCCCCCCUGUCGGGCAAGACCUCCCUGGGCGGGGGUCCCUGCCUGUCCUACCUGUCCCCCAGCCAGCCCCCGCUGCCCCCCUCCUCCAGCGCCACCACCCCCAGCCUGGGCUGCACGGGGGACAUGCUGCUGCUGAAAGAGGCCGAGGCACGCUGCCGCCACCACCACCACCACCACCUCCAUCACUUCAUGGGGCACGAGGACACACCAUGCCCCGCCCACGGCCACGCCCACCACCACCCUGGCGGUCCGUCCCAGGUGUACGACCUGGCCCGCCAGGACUCUCUGCACGACAGCUCAGUCCGCGGGCUGGUCAAGCUCAGUACCGUGUGA